GAGAAAGCAAGAGCUCGAAGAGGAGGAGGAGCUCCAAGCUCUCCCUAGCGAUGAGAGUGAGGAAGAGGAAGAGUAAGUCAUCAUCUAUAUUUACUAUUUCUGUGCCGCGUAUACUUCUCUCUCCCUCUCCCUCUCCCUCUCCCUCUUUGCGCGAUUUGCGCCUUUGCUGCGCGCAAUCCCCCCAAUACCAAAGCACCGAUGUAGGCGAAAGCGGAGGUGAAGAAGGGAGCGAGGAAGAAGAAGACGCUUCCGAAGAAGAGCUAGAGGAGGAAGAAGAACAACAGGAAGCCCCUCCCGCCACCAAGAAGCGAAAGACCGCUCCCGCACCGAAAGCCGAGGACGAGGCUGAAGGUGAAGAAGAGGAGGUAGAAGGCGAGGCGAAUGGCAAAGCCGACGAGAACGGCCUCGAUGAGGAAGAAGAUGAAGACGCCGAAGCUGAGGCUGAAGGCGAAGACAACGAGGAGGCCGACGAGACGGCGAAGACCAGUGUCCCCGCUGCCAAGGCUAAGGAUGAUGCUCCCACGGAGGAGCCCACGGCGACUGCGGAGGCGAAGGCUUGAUUGAAUUCGAUAAAGAAAUCAAAAGUCUGGUCAUGGCGGCGUGCUUCUUUGAAAGGGAUUUACAUCUAUUUAUCUGUGUAUUUGGGGAUUUAGGGUGGCUCUUUACGUUGAUAUCUACGUUGAUGAGAUGGAUUUAACUAGGCUAACUAGGUAGUUGCUCAGUUGUCCUGAGAAUGACAUCUACUUAACGACCUAC